AUGUCCAUAAAUAAAAAUACCAAUAGCAGCAUUUUAGGUUAUGACCAAAAUAUUGGUCCACGCCAGACAGUUCCAAUGGAAAUACAAAAUGAUCCUUAUAUUAUUUCACAAGUAAAUAAUCCAGGAAAUAUUUACAACUCACAACAAGUGUCUAAUAGAUUAAUAAACUAUACCACCGGCAAAAAUGUUUCAUUGUCUGCAUUCAUGUUUUUAUUAUCAGAAAUCAUCAUAUAUACAGUACAAGGAGUACCUUCAUCUUCUCCUGGUUCAUUAGUGGAAGAAAAAUUAAAAACAUUAGGAUAUAGCAUUGGCAUUAGAUUAUUAGAACUCUUACAAUAUAGAAGUUCGUUACCUCAACCAACGAGAUCCUUCUUCGGUGGCUCAAGCAGUGGUACUAGUAAUAACAAUACUAAUAAUACAGAUAAUAGUACUGUCAAUAAUAUCAGUACUCUUUCCGGUAACAUAACAAAUAAUACAAAUAUUUCAGGUGAUUUAAGGAAAUCUUCUAAUGUUUCCGGUAACAUAUCUGUUUCUACUGCAUCUAAUGCCACUGCCUCGAUUCCUUAUUCUAUAAACGGUAAUUUUAUAUCCCUACUGGAAAACACGACAGCGCAAAAUAUACAAGCCAUGGAAAAAAGAAGUAUUAAAAUUAUUGAAAUUUUGCAAUUUUUACAUGGACCAGUAUGGAGGUACUGUUUUGGUAAAAAUAGUGAUGAUCUAGUCAAGAGUAGCGAAAGAGAGAAUGAGUACAUGAUUAUAGAUAAUGAUCCAUUAAUAUCGCAAUUGAUUGCCCCACAGCAUUGUAAUUAUUUUAUAUGUGGAAUUAUCCAAGGCGUAUUAGAUCAUGCGUGUUUCCCAACAAAAACCAUUACAGCACAUAUUAUGCCUGAUAAAGAAAAUAGAUUUGAUAACAAAACAAUAUAUUUGAUAAUUUUUGAAAGGCAGGUUAUUGAACGUGAAAAGGUGUAA